AAAGUGGCCCAUCUGCUUUAUAAAUCCGCACUUCACCGUUCACAGUCUCCUCUCCUUCUCACUUUCUGUCACUUAGUAGUUCACCUCGUCAUCUCUCUCUCUCUCUCUCUCCCUCUCAAACUAGCUAGGAUACAAUGUGUGGAGGUGCGAUCAUCUCCGGCUUCGUCGAGAUAAGACGCGGCCGACGAUGUGCCGGCGGAGACGAUUUCUGGUCCGACCUCGACGCCAUCUCGGACCUCCUCGGCCUGGGCUCCUCCGGCGGCGCCGAUGUCCCUCACAACGCCACCCAACAUGCCCAAGUGCCGAAAGCGAAGAAGAAUCGGAAGUCGGCCGCGCGCCACGUGGCGGACGAGAAUGGGAAGGGCGGCCGUGCCCAGAGAGCUGGGAAGAACGUCUACAGAGGGAUCCGGCAGCGCCCGUGGGGCAAGUGGGCGGCGGAGAUCAGGGACCCCAACAAGGGCGUCCGCGUCUGGCUCGGCACCUUCGACUCCGCCGAGGAGGCCGCCCUCGCCUACGACCGCGCCGCCCUCCGCAUCCGCGGGGACAAGGCGAAGCUCAACUUUUCUCCUCCUCCUCCUGCUCCUCCUGCUCCUCCUACCCCUCCUCAGCUCCAGGCCAAGCCCCACCACCACCCGCCACCGGCCAAACGGAGGUGCGUCCACCCGGAGCCGGCUCCCUCUAAUCGGCACCACGCAAACUGGGCGCCUGAGCUGAAGGAACAGAUUUCGAGCUUGGAGACAUUCCUGGGCCUGGCCGAGGCGGAGGCGGUGCGCGGCGGCAGGGAGCUGGCGGAGGAGCUGUGGAUGCUGGAAGACCUCGGGACUCACCGCCAGCACUAGUGCAGUAGUGACGACAGCCAGCUCCUGUACUGAUCAGGGACUAAUACCGGAAAACCAGAGUAGUUUGGGGGCCUAAAGUAUAAUUAAUGAAGAGUAGCUAACCGUAAAUAUAGAAUAAUAAUGAUAAUAAUUACUAACUAAUCAGGUGCCUUGGCGUGUGGUCACGUUCACAUGCAUCCAGGCGUUUGUCGUUUUCUGCCCGCUUUUUUCUGUUCGGUUCCCAAACCUUGGAUUAUGCUAGGACCUGUCGGUGCAUGUACUGUAGCCGAACCUCACUAAUAUGAUAAAUGAUAUGAAUCCGUAUUAUUAUGAUAUAUAAAGAUUAUUGUUGGGUAUA